AUGAUCUCGCCAGUUCCGCGAGUUGCGGCCGAGGAUCCUACCAACAUUCUGCAUCGUUUCCGGCAAUUUCUAUGGGCAAUUACUCCGGUUCCACCCAGGACAUCCGUCUCCGAGUCUAACCUCGAAAAAGACCUGGUGAUAUGCUCUCGCGUCUAUCUCCGACAUGAUCGGGUCCUCUGGCCAUUAGAACCAAGCUAUGAUGGCCCCUUCCGGGUAAUCUUUCGUGGGGCGAAUACCUCCCUCAUCCAACGUGGAACACGCGAGGAGGUCGUGUGCUUGGAACGUCUCAGGGCUGUUGACCAGGACACUUCUCCGAAUAAGCUUUGUGGUUCAAUACCCCCUUCUUCACCUCCUCGACCCCCUAUCUUUCCGUUCUGUAUAAUUCCCCUUCCCCCAUGUGCACUACCCCCAAAUGCGACUACCCCCUCAUCAACCUCCAACACUGUAGCUGAAAGACAUAGUCAUUCUCCUCCUGUGCCCAUUAUAUAUAUAUUCCCCGUAGUGGACGCCAUGCCCAUUUUCCUGACCGCUUGGUUAGCCAUGCUCUUUUUUAGACAUGGACACUUCCUUUGGCGUCGCUAUACGCCGCCUUUAGUCCAACCAGGGGGUACUGUGGCAGUCCUGCCUCCUUGCUCUCUGCUGCCUUGUCACGCUGCCCUCCUCUCCGCCCCGCACUCCCUGUCCAUUCGCUGCUGUGACGCGCGGGGCUUGUCAAUAGCCUCGCGAGUGCUCGAGGCCAAACAACUCUGCCCCUUCUUUGAUUGGCUGGCAGCCACUGAGACAAAGUGA